CCUUAAAUACUUGGCCUGAUCAUCGCAGAUGACGCCACCCACACAAACUCACAGGAGUGUGGGGAAUUUUCCCACAGCCAUACGAGCACAGGCUUUGGAAGAGUACAGUCCAUAGAGCCUUAAUUCGGUGAUUAACAUAGUAUCUAAUGCAGGCUACCGACUCACGGGCAGACGAACGAAGUAAAAGCUUUCUGCAACAUCUAGAGGAGAAGAGCUUGCGUGAGUUGCGUUAACUACUACUUACAGCAGCCCAGCCUCGAUUCCUGCUAGUCGUUUGUGAGCGUCCUCAUGUGGGACUCCUUGAAUAUGCGCGCUGGCCGCUUCGCCUCGCUGUCGCUGUUGCUGCUGGUGUUGGUGUGCAGCGCGGAGGGACUGAAGGGGCUGAAGGGGCUGAAGGUGAGGAGGAGAGCAUGGAGGACGCGUCCGUGCGCUGACCUGCCCGAGGAGCUUCUGGAGCAGAUGUUUGGGCGCAUGUCGGUGGGGGUCCUGAGCGCUUUCAGUCACACACUGCAGCUCGUCCCGGGUCCUCAGAACCUGAGCUGCCCCUCAGCGGCACGCCGGAGUCCUAACGGAGCCUCGCGCACCCCGGUCAAUCUCCUCAGCCUUUCACCGUGGGCGUACAGGAUCAACCAUGACCCAGCGAGGUAUCCCCGGUUUCUCCCAGAGGCCUACUGCCUGUGUAAGGGUUGCUUGACUGGUCCGAAGGGUGAAGAGAGUGAGCAGUUCCACAGCGUGCCAGUCUACGUUCCCACAGCAGUGCUGAGGCGAACAGGCUCCUGUUUGGGGGGACGACACUCCUACAUCGAGAGCUAUGUGUCUGUGCCAGUGGGCUGCACCUGUGUGCCAGCACUGCAAGAUACACACAGCCUCAGCAGUAAACAGAGCAAGGCCAAAAAACGGACAAAGUGAAAUGACUAAACCAAUAAAGCCUGUGGUGCUUCUAGGCCAAACAUCUGAAGUAAUAUUUUGCAACUCCUAUCCUGGAAGCCCUUAGUGUUUUUCCAACUCCAGACGCCCAGGAUUUAGUCCAAGAACUAGAUCAUUAAGUGAAUGAUGUGGCUUUAAACUGUGCAGAGCAUGUUGUCUACUGGGGGAUACUUUGUUCAAUUGCAGUCUAUCUCAACAUUCCUAGUAUUGUGCUGCUGAAGAAUGUAUACAGUGUUUUGUCCUUCAGGAUAAAGGUAGGCUUAUCAUGCA